AUGAAGCACCUCGCAGCCUACCUCCUCCUCAACCUCGGCGGCAACGCCAGCCCCUCUGCCGAGGACAUCAAGUCCGUCCUCAGCUCCGUCGGCAUUGAGGCCGAGGAUGAGCGUCUCGAGAAGCUCAUCUCUGAGCUCUCUGGCAAGGACGUCAACGAGCUGAUCGCCGCUGGCUCUGAGAAGCUCGCCUCCGUUCCCUCUGGCGGUGCUGGUGCCGCUGCUGCCGGUGGCGCCGCCGCCGGUGGUGCUGCCGCUGCCGAGGAGAAGGCCGAGGAGAAGAAGGAGGAGGAGAAGGAGGAGUCCGAUGAGGACAUGGGCUUCGGUCUCUUCGACUAA